CGCCAUUUCCAAAAACCCGAAUAACAAUGCCGAACGGACAGAUUGGAUAAGAGAGAAAAGAGGGCGGGCCGCCGGCGGCAGCGGCAGCAGCAGCAGCAGCGACAGAACAAUGGCGAACCUCAGAACGGCCAUGGACGCGGCCUUCUGGGACCUCGACCUCUCUUCUCCGCAGGCCCUGGACGGCUCCGCCAAGCUGGUACCCGGCUCCCCGGCCCCGCUUGACGGUGCCAGAGCUAGCAGAGCCCUCCGAUUUCAGCAGCUCUCCUUUCUCGGCAAUGGCUUUCCUCUCGGCAUCAUCCCCUCGUACUCCCCCACUCCUCACAAGGAACUCGGCUCUUUCUGCCUCCAGUCCCUCCUCCUUCGCCCCGCCACCUCCAACUGGUGGCUUGGAUUGGUGGGGCAGUUCCGGCCUAAGAAAUUGAUCUCAUCCAUAAAAGCAGAGAUUUCAAAUGUGGAUGAAUGGGAGCUUUCGGCAGUAAAAGACUUUGCGAAGCACUUCUUGGAUAAGUCGCUUUACUCAAUCGGCUUGUGCUCACAGCUCUCGUUGUCCCCCUCAUCUUCUGUUCUGAUCAGCACCGAGAAGCACGGCGAGAAGAAAAGGCGCCGCCACAAGUUCAUGCUUUUUCAUAAGCUUCCAAAUCAUGACAUCACAAUGGAGGCUGCAUGGCCUGGCUUGUUUAUUGACCAAAAAGGCAGAUAUUGGGAUGUUCCUGAGUCCAUCUCCUUAGACCUUCUAUCCCUUGCUUCUGAAACUGGGUUCCGGUACCGCUUUGGUAUACAUAAAAAUAGUGGUCAACCUCAUCCUGUGAAUGGCAUCACCAGUGAGGUUCCUUCAUCUGUAUUGCAAGGAAUUUGUGCAAAGGCAGCAUUUUCUUACGAGAAGAGCAAAGACAUUUGGAGAGUAAAGGAGACAAAAGAGGAUCUCAUGAUUAAGACUGACAAGGGCAUUUUUCUACGGCCAUCAUACGAUAUUCGUCUCAAAGAACCGCAUGCUGCAGUAUCUGGAAUAAUUGGUGGCACCUUUACAGCAUGGCUUAGGAAUGGGAAGAGCUUUCUGCAGGCUGAGUCAAGGGAGGAAGGGAACUUAUCCCCAAGCACCAGAAGAAGAAGCCCAUUAAGUUCUGAUUUAUUUGGUUCAGUUUGCUAUACUUAUCAGCAUGGGAAGUUUAGGAAAUAUUAUGGUGAUCUAACCCGUUUGGAUGCUCGCUUUGACAUAAAUUCGGCAUCAGCAUUAGUCCAAAGAGUUUUUAAUGUUUUAAGGGGUUCUUCAGUUAGCAGCAAUGACAGAUCCUUGUCUUCUCCCAAGCUCAACUUUAUCUUCCAGCAACAGGUUGCUGGGCCGUUUGUGUUCCGUGUGGAUUCGAGGCUUUCACUUGGUUCUUCCUCAGAAAAGCACGGUCCACACAUUGAGGAUAUGAUAUACAGCUUGAGCUACUCCCUCAGGCUACUACAAUCCGGGAAAGUUGUUGCUUGGUACUCUCCUAAAAGGAAAGAGGGAAUGAUAGAGUUGCGCCUAUUUGAGUUUUGAUCCUUAGUCUUUUGUUCCCCCUUUAAUUUGAUUCAUAGAGAUCCACCCUUCAUUAGGUCCUGAGUUGCAGGCAAAGCAUCAAGGUUCGAGAGAAAAUGCUGAGGGGUCUGUAAUGUUACCCUUAAAAUGACUUAGGAUGCUCUUCGGUUGUAGGGGAUAACUUUGGUUUGAAACUUUUGGAAAGAAAGUGUUGUCACCAUGUUUUAUUUA